AUGGGUACUGUGAGGAGUAAGUUGGCUGAUUGUUCGCAUCAAUGUAGUUCGUGUUGUGGGCUACGUAAGUCGGAUGCGUAUGAAAUUAAUAAGGAAUUGCCACGACCACCUCGACUGGACACCCCUAAUAGAGAAGAUGUCGCCGACGCAACGCGGCAGGGCGUGCUUGCGGUGCAGGGAAUUGAUUUCUGCAUCGACACAAAUGGAGAGAACCAUCAUACGAACAAGUUUAACCUGAUGACAAGGAGCGUCGACAGGUGCUUGGUGGUGCGACGCGGACAGGCCUUCAAACUGGAUAUAUUACUGAGCAGGCCUUACGAUGCCAGUAAAGACGCUGUCUCCUUUAUUUUUUAUGUUGCAGACGUAGAAUCACGAGGACCGUCAGAUGAGACUUCUGCUGCUGUACCAUUAUUGGAGAAAGGUUCGGAGACCUUCGGAGCAUGGACUGCGACUUACGAGGGACAGAUUGACUCUCAUCUCAUGGUAGCUGUGACUCCUGCAGCUGACUGCAUUGUCGCCUCCUGGAGGCUCGACGUAGAUACGAGACUCAGUGAAGGCAGUUCUCUCAGUUACAGACAUCCGUUACCAAUCUACGUCCUCUUCAAUCCUUGGUGCUUAACCGACAGUGUAUAUAUGCCAGGUCAUAGCCAUCGUGAUGAAUUCGUAUUAGAAGAUGGAGGAUUGAUGUAUAGGGGAGUCUACAACCGUAUCAAACCCUCACCCUGGAACUAUGCUCAGUACGAGAAAGAUAUAUUAGACUGUGCGCUUUAUCUAGUCAGAGAAAUUGGAAAGGUCAAAGGUCGUGCAAGAAGUGACCCGAUUAGAACAUGUAGAGCACUAUCAGCUGCCAUUAAUGCCCAAGAUGACAACGGUGUUAUUAUUGGCAACUGGGCGGCAGACCUGGCAGACUACAGUGGAGGCACUCAUCCUUUGAAGUGGCUCGGCUCAUUAAACAUUCUACAAAGCUAUUACGAAAAGAAAAAGCCUGUAAAAUAUGGACAAUGUUGGGUGUACGCUGGUGUACUGACGACAAUUUGCCGAGCUCUAGGUAUUCCUUGCAGACCUGUUUCGGGUUUCAAUGCUGCUCAUGACAGUCAAGGAAGCCUUACCAUUGAUGUCAUUAUGGAUGACCAAGGAAAGCAACUCGAAGAAUUCACCACAGACUCUGUGUGGAACUAUCACGUUUGGAAUGAGGUGUGGAUGGAGCGUCCAGACCUGGGACCAGAGUAUGGUGGCUGGCAGGCACUAGACUCGACACCACAAGAAGAAUCUGAAGACAUGUACCGUUGCGGUCCAUCAUCACUAAGAGCAGUUCGCGAUGGAGAGCUACAGAGACCUUAUGAUACUGCUUACGUUUUCGCUGAAGUCAAUGCUGACAGGGUACUAUGGAAAUACUCUGGAGAGAUCCAGCCACUAAAGUUAAUGCAACGAGACACCGAAUCCAUUGGGCAAAACAUUUCAACGAAAGCUGUUGGAAAGAUGGAACGCGAGGACAUCACAAACACGUAUAAAUAUCCAGAACGUAGCCGCGAAGAACGUAUGACAAUGGAGAAGGCUCUGCGCAAGUCUGAGAGCAUCUUCGCGAGGUACUACCUCAACGAUGCUUUCAAUGACGUCACCUUCGACUUCGAUCUUCAGGACGACAUUAAGAUUGGACAGGACUUCAAUGUGGUCUUACACAUCAGAAAUCGUUCGAGUUCGGAAUCACAUCAAGUUAAGGGUAUCCUUCGUGUAGACACAGUAACGUAUAGAGGAAAUACAGGCGAUGGAGUGAAAAGGUCAGAGUUUGAUUUUAACCUCAAACCCGAAAGCAAAGAAGUCAUCAAGAUGCUGGUCACUUUCGAUGAUUAUUACAAGAAGCUGGUUGAUCAGGCGUCCUUCAACAUUGCUUGCUUAGCGACAAUCGUGGACACAAAAUUCGACUACUUUGCACAAGAUGACUUCAGAGUUCGCAACCCUGACAUCAAAAUCAGUAUUGAUGGAAAACCAGUGUCGCAUCAAGAGUUUACUGUCAACGUUAAAGUGGAGAAUUCACUGCCUAUUCCACUUACUAAGGGCAAGUUUUAUAUCCAAGGGCCCGGGCUUGAUGAACAACUGAAGAUUGAGCUAAAAGAGAAUGUGGCGCCAGGAUCGUUUGCGACUGCUCAGUUCAAGUUGACGCCACCGUGGGCAGGUCGCCACCAGAUUUCUGCCAAGUUUACAUCGAAGGAAAUGAAGGACAUUGAUGGAUUUUUGUCCUUGAUGGUAGCAAUGCCUGCCGCUACAACUAACGGCCUGGCGCGUGAAUAA